CUGUCUGUGGUGCUGUGUUCCUCUUCGCCUCUAGAGGGCGAUACUUAAGUUUCUGUUGGGUGCUGCUUCGUUGCUGAGGAGGAGAAAACAGCCAGGAGCUGCCAGGGAUGAUGCGCCGAGAGGAACUGCAACUAAAAAGCGGUUUAUUUUGCGCAUAAACUCGACAUUUUCGAAAAAAACAAAACAAAAAAACAGUCUGUACUUAAAGGUAGUUGGCGAGGACUUUCUGUACAUGACGCAGUGGCGUGUCCGGAUGACAGUGACAUCAUCAAGGGAUGCAGUUUGGAUAAGAAAGAUCCUAAGAAGAGUUUCAUGAUUGAUGAGCUUUUCUAUUCUGUCUACAAAACACAGCUGAAUACUUUGUAUCCUGGAAGUAUUACAUUGUAGCAUAGCUACAGAUUUCCAAAGCAGGCCUUUUCCCAGGCAAUGACAAACGUUUUUCUUUUAAAUGUUCCUGUCUCUCCUGGUUUGCAUUAGUAAUAUUUAUCGACGCUUCCCAAUGUUCAGUAUGGACAGACUCAGUGUCCCUGAGCGGGUGAGCCGGUUUCAGCCACGCAGGUUGACCUCUGACCCCAGGGCUGUUUCACCUGGCUUUCAUGCUGAUGUCCAGGCUGUGUUAGACACCUCACUUCCAGCACUGCGGAUUGCUGUGAAAACACUCAAGUCCUCCAAAGACACUGGAGAUGUAGCAAAGACUCGGCAGGCUAUCGCCGAGAUUUUCCAGCUUGUUGAGGAGGCUUGGGUUUUGCCGGCUGUUGGCCGACAAGUGGCUGAGCAAAUCUGCAACAGGAUACGACUGGACGGAGGUCUGGAGAUACUGCUGCAGCUACUGCAGACACCUGCUGAGGAUGUCACCUAUGAGUCCGCCAAGCUGCUUGAGCAGAUUCUGAUUUCAGAGAACAGAGACUAUGUAGCACGCAUGGGUCUUGGUGUGAUCCUGAACCUGACCCGGAAGCAGGAGGACGCCCAGCUUGCGCGGAGCAUUUCGGGCAUCCUUGAGCACAUGUUUAAGCAUACGCAGGAGACGUCAGCCCAGCUCAUUGGAGACGGAGCCCUGGAUGCGUUGCUCUUCUGGUGUCGUGGUACAGAUCCUACUGUGCUGCGCCAUUGUGCUGUGGCUCUGGCCAACUGUGCAAUGUAUGGUGGGCACCGCUGCCAGCGACGGAUGAUAGAGAAGCAGGCAGCUGAGUGGCUCUUCCCGCUGGCCUUUUCCAAGGAGGAUGAGCUGAUCCGCUUCUAUGCAUGCUUGGCUGUGGCUGUGCUCGCUGCUAACCGGGAGCUGGAGAGUGAAGUGGAUAAGUCAGGCACCCUGGAACUAGUGGAGCCGUUUAUUGCCUCUCUUGACCCAGAUGAGUUCGCACGUAGCCUGCAGGACAGCGCUGACAGCGUACAGGGACGCACCGCUGCCGACCUGCAACACCUGUUGCCCCUUCUGGAUGGGACACGGCUUGAGGGCAAGUGCAUUGCUGCUUUCUAUCUUUGUGUAGAGAGUGGCAUCAAGUCUCGACAACAAAAUACCAAGAUAUUUCAGGAGAUUGGGGCAGUGGAGAGCUUAAAGAGGAUUGUCAUGUACUCAAGCAAUGCCACCACAUUGUCUUUGGCCAAAAGGGCCCUGAGGAUGAUGGGAGAAGAUGUCCCACGUCGCAUACUCUCUUCUGUUCCUAACUGGAAAUCAGGGGAGGUACAAACAUGGCUGCAACAGAUUGGCUUUAGUGCCUUCUGUGAUAGAUUCCAGGAGCUGCAGGUGGAUGGAGACCUGCUCCUAAACAUCACUGAGGAGAACCUGAAUAAUGACCUGGGCAUGACCUCUGGGAUCACCCGCAAAAGGUUUAUGCGAGACCUGCGGGUUCUAAAGACCUAUGCCAACUACUCCAUGUGUGACCCUAAUAACCUGGCUGAUUGGUUGGCAGACUUGGACCCACGGUUUCGUCAGUACACUUACAGUAUGGUUCAGUCUGGCGUGCAUCGUAACAACCUCCUCCAGAUAACGGAUGAGCAGCUGCAGCAGGACUGUCAUAUAGAGAACGGAAUCCAUCGAGCUCAGAUCCUAGCUGCUGUACGCCGGCCUGCCAGGCCCUGCUUCACGGAUGCACAGCGAAAAGGUCCAGAUGUGUUUAUCAGCUACCGGCGCACCACCGGCUCUCAGCUUGCCAGUCUGCUGAAGGUGCAUUUGCAGGUGCGUGGCUUCAGCGUUUUCAUUGAUGUGGAGAAGCUUGAGGCAGGCAAGUUUGAGGAGAAGCUGAUAAGUAGCGUGCAGAGAGCACGUAACUUCAUCCUGGUGCUGUCAGCCAACGCUCUGGACAAAUGCAUGGGUGACACUGGCAUGAAAGACUGGGUUCAUAAGGAGAUUGUUACCGCUCUCAAUGGGAAGAAGAACAUUGUUCCUGUCACUGACAACUUCCAGUGGCCUGAUCCCAACUCUCUUCCUGAGGAUAUGCGCACUGUUCUUACUUUUAACGGCAUCAAGUGGUCCCAUGAGUACCAGGAAGCCUCGAUAGACAAGAUUCUUCGCUUCCUGCAGGGAGGCCCCAGGCAAGAUCAGAUGGACGGCUCCAAGACCUGCAUCGAACCAGAGCAGAACGUUCCUCCUGCCACUAACCAAUGAUGAGCUUAAUUACUGUUCAUAUGUACAAUGAGGCAGUAAACAAACCAGAAUACUGAUAGGUCAGUCCUAUCAUUACUUGAAGUGUCAGGAAGAAAAUGAGUGAUAUUGAAAGAAGUACCAUAAAGGUAUAUAGUCUUUAAUCCCUUGCUCCUUAAUAUGUUAUGUAAAGCCUAAUCACUCAGGAAUACAAAAACUGUGUCAUAUGAGACUAUGUAAUCAACUAAUUGAUACUUUAAUGUUCUUUAAUCAGUCUAAAAUAAGGGAUGGGAACAAAAUGUGGUAUGAUUUUGAAUUGUUUCUUGUACUGAAUAUAACAGCAUUUGUGCGGAUUGCUAAUAUACCAUGAUUGCUAGAUAAAAAAGAAGUUGUGUGACUGGGUUAAAAUAUGAAAAACCAGUCAAAUAAGGAUGGAACUCCUAUUAUUAUUUUGAUGUUUAUUAUCAUAUAUAUUUUUUGUUAUACAGUCAAAACUUUGACUCCAGGAGUUGGCUAAACUUCUCCCCCCAUAUGCUUAAAAUGCCUACUUGACUCGGCCUUAGCGACACUACACACAGUAUUGAAAAUUAUAAAUUGUCACAACUGCCCAAUGUAUACUGUAGUUACCCUGCCUGUUAAAUACAGUACUCUCAUUAUACACCCUUUACACCAUAACAGUAAGCCCUUAAGCAGCCAUUAAAUCAAUGAUCCUAACAUAUUGUACAGUGGCCAUAGCUUUAUCCUCUGCUGAUGCCUGCUGCCUUAAUAUUUAAUGAUCCGAUUUAUGCAUUAUCUGUAUGAUUGGUGUAGAAAUCAAUUGACUAAACAGGUUAAGUGAUCAUAAAAUAACUAAAAUAUGAACUGUUUGUUUAGAAAGAGUUGGCAAUAAAUUUGUUUUGAAACAUCCCUUUA